AUGAGAUUUUGCGCCCAUGCUUUUGCCGCUGUUACGGCUGUCACGCUGUUUUUAUCAACAUCUGUCGCCCAGAGCGGGACUCCAGUGGCAUACACGGACCCGGAUACAGGUAUCACCUUUGAUACUUGGACUGUUUCAGAGACCUUGAGCAAGGGAGGGUUCACUUUUGGCAUCGCUCUGCCAUCCGAUGCUCUAACCACAGACGCAUCUGAAUUCAUCGGCUACUUGCUAUGUUCCUCGCAGAAUACAACCUCCACCGGUUGGUGUGGUGUUUCACUCGGGGGUACAAUGACCAAUUCCCUCCUGUUGCUGGCCUACCCUUAUGGCGGAUCCAUUCUCACGUCCUUCCGUUACACCACCGGCUACCACAUGCCGGAUGCUUACACUGGGAAUGCUGAGCUAACCCAAAUUUCGUCCACCAUCAAUGCAACACACUACAACCUGAUCUUCAGAUGCUCAAACUGUCUGCAGUGGACUCAGGGUAGCGAGACUGGAAACGCCUCCACGAGCACGGGUCUGAUGGACUUAGGAUGGGCCCAAGCCUUUCCCGCUCCGGGGAACCCGAGCUGUCCCUCUAAUAUCACCCUCAAUUAUCACGAUAAUGGACACAACAUCUGGGCAGCUACGCUGGAAAAUGCGCCCAACACAUCAUACACAGACUGGGUCUCGAAAGCCAAAACGACAGUCAAGGGGAGGUGCUCUACAAAAGCCGGAUCAACGACGACAACCCCGACAUCCUCGGGGCCAGUCCCAGUCAGAGCAACGACUACUCCAAAAUGA